AUGUCUGGACGUCAAUAUUUACUUGAGCUGUUAAAUGGACACCCUGAUAGAUUGUUUUACACAAUUAGAAUGGACAUUAAUACUUUUAGAUCUUUAUGUCGUCGAUUAGUUGAAAUGGAAGUCAUAGAACAUGACAGGGUAAUUAGUGUUGAAGAAGUUGUUGUCAUGUUUCUAUGGAUAGUUACACACAACCAACGAGUUAGAACUGUGGCUGAAAGAUAUCAACAUUCAGGAGAAACUGAUUGUGUUGGAGCAAUUGAUGGUACUCAUGUAAGUGCAGUUGCUCCAACUCUAAAACAACUUGCAUUUAGAGGAAGAAAAGUAGAUGUAACACAAAAUGUAAUGGUUGCAUGCUCCUUUAAUAUGAUGUUUACUUAUAUCUACGCUGGAUGGGAAGGAACAGCCAAUGAUUCCCGAGUGCUUCUUGAUGCAAUGAGAAAAGAUGAUAACUUCCCUAUGCCACCACAAGGAAAAUACUAUGUUGUUGAUUCUGGUUAUCCAAAUAUGCCUCGGUUUCUAGCACCAUAUCGUGGUGAACGUUAUCACUUGCGUCGUUUUAGAGGAAGAGGGAACCAUCCUAGAGGUGCGAUGGAGUUAUUCAAUUAUAGACACUCAUCAUUGCGUAAUGUGAUUGAACGUUGUUUUGGACUUCUAAAAGCUAGGUUUCCAAUUUUGAAGUCAAUGCAUCCAUACUUGCUUGGAAAGCAACGUCGAAUACCAAUAGCAUGUUGUGCUAUCCACAACUGGAUUAGAAUGCAUUCUAUUAAUGAUGAAAUGUUUGAACAAUAUUCAGUUGAUGCCAGAACUGUAGAAGAUAUUGAAGGAACUGAAAGCCAAUCUAAUACAACAACUGAAAACCAACAAGAAGGAGAUGAAGCAGGAAUUUCUGAGACACCAGAGUUGAAUUUCAGUCAAGCUUAUAUGGCCCAGAUGGAAAAUGUUAGAGAUGGCAUUGUUGAACAAAUGUGGCUUAGUUAUAACAACAAUACUUAA